AUGGCGGACGUAGAACCAUCGGUCAAUAUUCCCUCGCUGGUCACAUUAGCGGUGAUUUCAUUCUUCGUGAUCCGGUGGUUCCUAAACCGCAACAGCCCGGAUACCGCCAAUGCAGCCGUCGCCCAAGCACGGGGUCGUAUUAUCGACCCGGCACAGGUGGAACAGAUCUCGCAGAUGUUCCCGCAGCUGAAUCGGCGGGAUAUCAUGUGGGAUUUGCAGAGAAAUGGAGGGAGCGUUCCGGCGACUACGGAGCGCAUCUUGACGGGACGCGGUUUGGAUACUCCUCCCCCGUCAUACCAGCCUCAUAUUCCACAGCCUGCAACUCCCGCCGUCAACCCGAAUCCUACUCCAAUCUCCAAAGCAGGAGCCCAAGACCUCAUCUCUCGCUAUAACCUGAGCAACCGACUUUCGGAAGAAUCAGAAGCAAACUCAAAAACGGACAAUGGCUGGUCGCAAAAUAAGACCGAGCGGCAGCGUCUACUGCAGAAGCGCCGAGAUGAUAUGAUUUUGGCAGCUCGAAAGAAGCUUCAACAGAAAGACAAUGAGAAGUCUCACGCUACUGGUCCUGCGCUGUGA